UAAACCCGACGAAGAAGAAGAAACAGAGAAGUGCGGAAGCGGUCAGUGGACAACACAGCUGGAAAAAUCUUCUGUCCCGAAAACCCGAGUAUCCACGAACAGUCUCCAUCACCGCGGGCCAACAUGUCCAAGAGCUCGAUGUCCGACCGCUUCAGGAAGGUGGACGUGGACGAAUACGACGAGAACAAGUUCGUGGACGAGGAGGACGGAGGAGAGAACCAGGGCGGUCCGGACGAGGCGGAAGUGGACGGUCUGCUCAGACAGGGGAACAUGAACGCUGCUCUGCAUGCGGUGCUGAAGAACCCUCCAAUCAACACCAAGAACCAGAACGCCAAGGAGCGAGCGGAGCUGCUGGUGGUCAAAGUGCUGAGCAGCUUUAAGACCAGCGACAUAGAGAAAGCUGUUGGCUCCCUGGACAAAGCCGGAGUGGACCUGCUGAUGAAAUACAUCUACAGAGGCUUCGAGAAACCCUCGGACAACAGCAGCGCUGUGCUGCUGCAGUGGCACGAGAAGGCUCUGGCGGUGGGAGGUGUGGGCUCCAUAGUCCGAGUGCUGACAGCCAGGAAGACUGUCUGAUGGCCUGAGCCCGACAGAGUCCACGUGUAAACGGACGUCAGGCUGAACUCAGUGGCUGCAGCUGUUACUGAGACCUGUCUCCUCUUUCUGCUUCUGGACAUGAUCAGACUUUUGUCUUCACACUGGAACUGAUGCAGUUCUCUCCUCUUCUUUUCUCUGCACUCACUGUUUCCGUCACAGCUUUUGGGGAGGUGGUGGCAGGUGGACAGGGAGGUGACAGGGAGGUGGUGGCACCUCACACUGUCUGAGUGUACCAGUUCUGCAGAGAGAAGACUCAGGUCACACAGUCUGUGCAAAGCAGCUCAUUGCUUCUCACUGCUGCCUCUGCUGGCUCACUGCAACAUCACAUCCUCUCCUCCCUGAUCUCCUCCCUCCCUCUCAUCUCUCCUCUCCUCCUCCUCCUCUCCUUUCCUCUCACCCCCUCCUCUCUGAAGCCUCUGGCUCAUCCAGUUUGAGGAAAUGGAAAAGACUCUUCUUGGCAGGACUAUCGUGGACCGGUGACCUGUCUCGGGCGUUUCCUUGCCUUUUUGCAUGCUGGGUAUCUUUUUUCCCCCCUAAUGUUCUAAGUUCUGAGCAUGUUUGUUCAUUGACUCUUUUUUUUUCUAGUCCACAUUGCUUAUAUUGUUUCUUUUUAUACCUGGAAUAAAAGACAAACUGCUAAAUCUGAA